AUGGUAUCGUCAGGGCCGCCGAACCCAAUGGGGCCUGGGCAGCCAGGAGGCGGUGCCUCACUUCUCCGGACAAGUUCUAGCCUGCUCAGUGGUGGCCAACAGGGAAUGGGUGGGGGUGGCGGCAUGCUGCAGUCGCAGUCCCCGUUCUCAUCUCUUGUCUCCCCAAGGUCUCAGUUUGGUGGAAAUGGCUUGCUGGGAGCAACCUCUAAUGUCUCCUCCCUGCUCAACCGGUCAUCGUUUGGAAACGGGAGCCCUGUUCCAAGUCCAGGACAAAUGCCAAACGGUGGGCUUCCGAUGAAUACCCUUCAGCAGAGAGGGGGGCUUGAUGGCGCUGGUGAUUUUACUGGCACUGGAGGAUCCGAUCCUAUGUCGUUUCCAUCCUCCUCCUCGCAGGUUAGUUUGGGCAAUCACCUAGGUUCAGAUAUCCUGCAGCAGCAGCAGCAGCAGAUGGAUGUGCGGGAUUUGCAGCACCAGCAAGAGCAACAACAUCAACAACAUCAACUGCCGAUGUCUUACAACCAGCAGCAGUUGCCGUCACAGCAGUCGCAGCCGCAGGCUGCAGUGAAGUUGGAGAAUGGUGGCAGCAUUGGUGGAGUCAAAUUAGAACAGCAGAUGGGACUGCCUGACCAGAAUGGCCCAGCCCAGAUGAUGCGCAAUGUUGGAAAUGUAAAAUUUGAGUCGCAGCAGUUGCAAGGGUUGAGGGGUUUGGGCGCAGUCAAGAUGGAGCAGUCGAGUUCGGACCCAUCAGCAUUCUUGCAGCAACAGCAGCAACAACAGCAGCACCAUCACCACUUGUUGCAACUCACGAAGCAGAACCCUCAAGCUGCUGCGGCUGCCCAACUGAACCUCUUGCAACAGCAGCGUCUUUUACAUAUGCAGCAGCAGCAUCAGCAGCAACACCAACAGAUUCUAAAGAAUCUGCCUUUACAGAGAAACCAAUUACAACAGCAACAGCAGCAGCAGCAACAACAGCAGCAGCAGCAGCAGCAGCAGUUACUUCGUCAACAGAGUCUAAACAUGAGAACCCCAGGAAAGCUGGCUCCUUAUGAGCCAGGUACCUGUGCAAAAAGAUUGACCCAUUACAUGUAUCAUCAACAGAACAGACCACAGGAUAACAAUAUAGAGUACUGGAGAAACUUUGUCAAUGAGUAUUUUGCUCCAACUGCUAAAAAGAGGUGGUGUGUAUCUCUCUAUGGAAGUGGUCGUCAAACUACUGGAGUUUUCCCUCAGGAUGUCUGGCACUGCGAAAUAUGCAAUCGAAAGCCUGGCCGGGGCUUUGAGACAACAGUAGAGGUCUUACCGCGGCUAUGCCAAAUCAAAUAUGCGAGUGGUACAUUGGAAGAACUAUUGUAUAUUGAUAUGCCACGCGAAUCCCAGAAUGCAUCUGGACAGAUUAUUUUGGAUUAUGCAAAAGCAAUCCAGGAAAGUGUCUUUGAUCAAUUGCGCGUGGUACGUGAAGGGCAUCUAAGGAUAGUUUUUAAUCCAGACCUCAAGAUUGCAUCUUGGGAGUUUUGUGCUAGGCGUCAUGAGGAACUGAUUCCGCGGAGAUCAAUAAUACCUCAGGUUAGUCAGCUUGGCACGGUUGUACAAAAAUACCAGGCUGCUGCUCAAAGUUCAACGAGUUUAACGACCCAGGACAUGCAGAAUAAUUGCAACUCGUUUGUUGCAUGUGCGCGCCAACUGGCUAAAGCCUUGGAGGUGCCUUUGGUAAACGAUUUAGGAUAUACAAAAAGAUAUGUCCGCUGCCUUCAGAUUGCGGAGGUGGUAAACUGCAUGAAAGAUCUGAUUGACUAUAGCAGGCAGACUGGAUCUGGACCAAUCAAUAGCCUUCAUAACUUUCCUCGGAGGAGUUCAUCAGGUAUUAACCCUCUUCAACCACAGCAGCAACAGCCUGAAGAGCAGCAAUCUGUUCCCCAGAGUUCAAACCAGAGUGGCCAAAAUUCUGCUCCUAUGGCUGGUGUGCAGGCUUCUGCCUCUGCCAAUGCAGACGUGACAUCAAAUAAUUCUUUGACGUGUGCACCCUCUACAUCUGCACCCUCGCCAUCUGUUGUUGGGCUCCUCCAAGGUUCAGUGAAUUCUAGACAAGAUCAUCCAAUGGGCACUGUAAAUGGUCUGUAUAACAGUGGAGAUGAUGGCGUAAUUCCCAAGGUGAACUCUACAAGUUCAUUGCAGUCAAAUCCGUCUCCCUCUUUCUCUUCCCAGGUGCCCACAUCAUCCAAUAAUAACAUGAUGCCCGCCCCUCAGAACACAAACCAACUCAGUUCCCCAGCAGUAUCAUCAUCAAACUUGCCUCCAAUGCAGCCACCUGCAACUCGGGCUCAGGAACCUGAGCCAAGUGAUUCCCAAAGCUCGGUUCAGAGAAUCUUGCAAGAGAUGAUGUCAUCACAAAUGAAUGGUGUUGGCCAUGGAGCAAAUGACAUGAAGAGACCAAACGGACUUGCCCCUGGUAUUAAUGGGGUUAACUGCUUAGUUGGUAAUGCGGUCACAAAUCACUCAGGAGUGGGAGGAAUGGGAUUUGGGGCCAUGGGUGGAUUUGGUUCAAAUAGUGCAGCUAGUGGACUGAGAAUGGCAAUGGCAAACAAUGCAAUGGCAAACAGUGGGAUGGCAAUGAAUGGCAGGAUGGGGAUGGGGAUGCAUCACAGUGCACAUGACCUAUCACAGUUGGGCCAGCAGCAGCAGCAGCAGAACCAGCACCAGCACCAGCAGCAUCAGCAACAGCAUGACAUAGGAAAUCAGCUGUUGGGUGGACUUAGAGCUGCAAAUAGCUUCAAUAAUCUUCAGUAUGACUGGAAACCCUCUCAAUAG